AUGACUCAAAAUCAAACCAAUAUUGAAACUAAUUCAUAUCUGGAACGUGCAAAACACGAGUUUGAAAUGAAAUAUAAUAAAUCAUUAGCUAAAACAGCUAAUAUAGAAGAUUUUCAAUUAAAGCGAACUAUUGGCAAAGGUUCGUUCGCUCGUGUGAUGCUUGUUAAACAUGGCAAUCAAUCGUUAGCAUUAAAAAUAAUGAAAAAACGGACGAUUGUUGAAUGUGGUCAAGUCAUGCAUAUUUUAUCAGAAAAAUGCAUUUUAGAAGCAGUCAAUUCUCCAUUUAUAGUCAAUUUAAUAUAUGCAUUCAAGGACAAUGCAUAUCUUUAUUUGGCACUUGAGUUUGGCAGCGGUGGUGACAUGUUUACUACACUUCGGCGCGCAGACAAAAUUUCAGAAAAACAAGCAUGUUUUUAUGCUGCUCAAAUUGUGCUUGCUUUAGAAUAUUUACAUUAUUUGAAUAUCAUCUAUCGAAAUAUAAAACCUGAAGAUAUUUUAUUUGCAGCCGAUGGUUACUUGAAAUUAACUGAUUUUGGAUUUGCAAAAGUUGUACAAGAUCGAACGUUCACUUUAUGUGGAACACCGGAGUAUCUAGCACCCGAGAUUAUCAGCGGAAUUGGUCAUGAUAAAGGUGUCGACUAUUGGGCAUUGGGUGUUUUGAUAUAUGAAAUGACAAACGGUUCAACUCCAUUUUAUGCAGAUGAUCCCAUGCAAACCUACACAAAGAUAAGGGCUGGUAGAUUUGAUAUUCCACGUUAUUUUUCAUCUGAUCUUAAAGAUCUCAUACGUAAAUUGCUUGAACAUCACUCAGCAAAUCGUUACGGUUGCUUGGAAGGUGGGACAGCAGAUAUUAAAAAUCACAGAUGGUUCUCAUCAAUCGACUGGAUUGCUCUAGGCGAAAAACGUCUUGAAGCACCAUUUAUACCAAACGAUUUUGAGAGUUACUGUGAACGGUAUGAUGACGAACCUUGGGCAACUGCCGAAACCGUUUUGUAUCCUACAGAAUUCGAGAGUUUUUAG